CAAUGAUUAAAUAUUGUUGGUUAUUUUUUAACAGUGUCAAGAUGUCCAAGAAAAGAAAGCUUACAGAUCCAAAUGAAUCCAACCACACUGAGGAGAGUAGAAAGAAAGAUAGACGGCUAUACUGCAUAUGUAGGUCCCAGGAUGAUCCUGAAAAAGUCAUGAUUCAGUGUGAUUUCUGUGAAGAAUGGUAUCAUCCGAACUGUGUGAACAUUGAUGGCGAUGAAGUUGACGACAUGAGUUCUUGGUUGUCCUGGAUGUGUAGAUAUUAUGGCAUUAAACCCAACAAUAUCACGUACAGGUCUCUUGGGAUUUCAAGGAAGGGUGGCUCCAAAAACUGGAUGGAGUGAUGAUUUCCCCAUAGAGGAUAUUGAUGAAAGAGUCAUCACAGACCAAAUCAACACAAAGCGUCAUAAAGUGGAAGGAUGGAAACUGUAUCGAGAGGGAAGAGUGAACAGUCUCAGCAGCAACACAACAAAGAACCAGAUAUUUAUAAGAAGUGUGUGCCAAGCAGCUGAGACAACAAGCUUACAGUGUUUAUGUUUGUUUCAAAGAAGGAGGACAAAAAGUUAAAUGGGUGACAUGUUCAUGCCCUGCAGGUAUCGAUGGCCAGUGCAAACACCUAGUUGCAGCAUUGUAUAGCAUCAUUGACCUUCAUCAUCAGGGUGUUACUAGUAUUCCAGAAGUGAAGACGUGUACUGAUAAGCUCCAAAUGUGGCAUGUUCGUAAGCCAGUUACAGAUGAACCACUGCUGUUUAGCGACAUUAACUUUGUGAAGCAUGACCCUGACAAACAAAUGAAACGUGAUUUGUGCUGCAGCAUCAAGGAACACAACCCUGUACCAGUGUGACAGAGGAAAAAGUGAGAAGGUUAGUAAACAUUUACGAUGCAUCAGGUUUGAAACUGCCAGUAUUGGAAACUAUAAGGGCCAAUAAUUAUGCACCUGUCGUGACCAAACAGUUAUCUGACUCUGAUCUAUAUGAUGAGCUAUAUAGUGCUAUCAUAGAUACUUCUUUUGGAAUUGAUCAGGAUUCCUUUAUGUCCACAGCAACACCAGAAAUGAAGCAUCAUUUUGCUGCAGUGGUUGACAGUGACAUUGACUGCAUGCGUCAUAUAGAAAAGAACACAAGGCUUCAAAGCAAAUCUAAAUUUUGGUUUGAACAGAGAGAAUACAGAAUAACUGCUUCAAAUUUUGGUUCAUUUUGUCGAAUGAAGGAAGCAACGGAUCCUGUUAGAACGUUCAAGCAAAAGAAAAAGUUCUUCACCACAAGAAGUGUUCGACAUGGAUUAAACUACGAGGCAAUGGCAUUCGCAAAGUAUGUGGAGAAGAAACCCUGUCAAAACUGUCCAGUUGGUCUUGUUGUCAAUCCAAAGCUUCCCUUCCUAGCUGCAACACCAGACAGACUAGUAAAAGUUGAUGGACAGCUCCGACUGGUUGAGAUCAAAUGCCCCUUUUCAUUAUUUCAAAGGAAAACCAAAAUUGAAAACCAACUUAGGGACAAAAACUUCUACUUAUAUUCAGAAGGUGGUGAAGUACUCUUGAGAAAGACCCAUGACUACUACUUUCAAGUUCAGUGCCAGUUGAAUUUGACUGGAAUUGAUAUUUGUGACUUUGUGGUUUUUGUUCCACCAAAUGAUAUGACAACUGUACAAAUCAAGCGUGACAAGGAUUUUUUCCAAAAGCAGGUCGUGAAAGUUUGCAAAACAUUUUUUUACUAAACUUUUACCAAAUUUCGUUGAGGACCUACAGAGUGUUCAUGUUUAAGUGAUGUGUAGGACUAUUUCAAUUAACAUUACUCCUUGAUGCUGCAUCAGUUAAAACUUUGAAAAUUGAACUGUUUCCAGAAAUUGACGGAUAAAUUUCUGUGAAGUAUCAACAUGACACAGAAUAAUAUGAAUUUAAAGCAUUGAAAAUCACUGAUGUGUUUGAAGUGAGGGUUAAAAAGUUGUUUUCAUCAAAUACAACUGAUUUCAAUUUGACUUUUAAUUAAUUGCCUGAAAAAUAAAAAUUACUGGU